UGGAGGCCUGCCGUAUGUCGCUGCGGGUCAAGGGUUGUACGUCGCGCGACUGCGAUGCCCCCAUGCAAAGAUCAAGCUCAAGCGAACUUUUAUAAUCGACAUGCGGGGAUGGAGGUGGGGGGAGGGGCGAGUGAAGAUGUGGCAAAUCGUUGGAAAAGCGCCGGAAAGGGGUGAGGGAGGGUGGCAGCGAAGGGGAGAGGGGAGGUGCGGGAGGGUAGGAGCGAAAGGGAGAGGAGGGGGGAGAGGAAGAAGGGGGUUGAGGGCGAAGCGCGAGAAGGAGGGAAAGAGGUAAUAAGGUGAGUAUUGCUCUUCGUAUUCUUUCUUCCCCCCUCCCCCCUUCGCUUACCUCC